AUGAAUUCCAGUAGAAUAGUUAUCACUAUUCAUGAAAAUAUCGACGUGUACAACUACACAUGUUCCCAGGGUUAUCUGCUGCUGCCGGCUAUCAAUGAGUACACAUGGCAUCCCCACGUCCGUGUGGGCCUGUACUUCGCAGGCCUCAUUUGGUCCUUCUUGGGCGUGGCCUACAUAGCAGACAUCUUCAUGGCGGCCAUUGAAAGAAUCACUAGCCAGACAAGGAUUGUGAGAAUAGCAGAUCCGGAGAUUCCAGACGGCAUCAGAGAGGUUGAGCUAAAGGUGUGGAAUGAUACUGUGGCCAACCUGAGUCUCCUAGCUCUGGGAACCAGCGCCCCGGAGAUCCUGCUCUCGGUUAUUGAAAUAACUGGCAACAAUUUCGAAUCUGGAGAGCUGGGUCCAGGCACCAUUGUUGGAUCUGCUGCCUUUAACCUUCUGUUUAUAUCGGCCAUCUGUAUUUCUUGUGUCCCUGAUGGGGAGAUUCGAAGGAUCCAAAGUUUCAAGGUGUUUGGCGUCACCUCCUUCACCUGCGUGUUCGCCUAUGUUUGGAUGGUCAUCGUGUUGAUGGGUACCUCGCCUAACGUGAUUGAGAUCUGGGAGGCUGUACUCACGUUUUUAUUCUUCCCACUCUUGUUGCUUGUUGCCUACGCGGCAGAAAAAGAUUUCUUUAUGAAACAAACAAAGACAGAUGAGAAGAAUCUG